AACAUUAUUUAAGAAAUAUGUUGAUCGGUUGGAAGAGGGCUUGGUAACAACUCCAGAGGAGAUUAAGGAUAGAAUAGAAAGGGCAGAGAAAGUCUACGAAGAAUUGGAAGAGAACUAUUUCGACAUUGGUAGGAAGUUAGAACCAGACGAUAUCGACGAGCAAUUCAUGGAAGAUCACGAAGAGAUAUGUGAGUCGUUCAUUGAGGCCCUAAAUAAGGCAAAGGCCAAAUUAAAGCCUUAUAAGGAAAUAUCGCCAUUGUCACAGCAAACAACACCAAUGGGCAGUGACAUGGGACAUAUGAAACUACCGGCAAUUGAGUUACCAACGUUUAAUGGUGACAUAGACAAAUGGUUACAUUUCCGGGAUAUGUUCAGUGCAUUGGUUCAUUCUAAGCCAAACCUGCCACCUAUACAAAAGUUUCAUUAUUUAAAAUCGGUAUUAUCAGGUAUAGCAGCAGAGGUUAUACAAUUCAUAGAGGUAACUACAGAUAAUUACGAGAUUGCAUGGGAAUUGUUGACUAGGCGUUACAGGAAUAAUAUUCAGUUAGUACAAUUUUAUUAUAACGCAAUACUAGAGCUUCAGUUUGUUCGGGGAGAGAGUUUUGUGGAGUUGCAAAGAGUUCAUGAUAGUGUAAGGAAAAGUGUACGGGCACUGCAAUCACUGGGAAGAUUCAGUGAAUCAUUAGAGUUCUGGAUAAUAUCAAUAGUAUGUAAACGAUUAGAUUCGAAUUCAAGGAAGGAUUGGCAGAUGCUAAUCAACGGAAAAGAAAUAGAGGAAAUUAAACUUGAUGAUUUUUUCGAAUUUUUAGAAAACAAAAUAAUGGCGUUGAAAGCUGCGUAUGGAUCAGAAAAAAAAACAGACUAUAAAAGUAGGCCAAAUAUGUAUAAUAUGGGAAAG